CCUCCUCAGCGGAAGCCGAGCGCCAAACUCAAAUUUUAGCAGGACCCGGACGCCUUUCAGCUAGUUCCGCGGGCCAGGCCUGCUGGACUUUUCCGCUCACUGGCACGGGCAGCGGUCCAACAUGAGCCAGGUUCUGUUCCAGGAACUAGUCCCGCUGCAGGUGAAAUGCAAAGACUGCGAGGAGAGGAGAGUAAGUGUUAGAGUGAGCAUUGAACUACAAUCAGUUUCUAAUCCAGUUCACAGAAAGGAUUUAGUUAUCCGUCUGACUGAUGAUACCGAUCCAUUUUUUCUGUAUAACCUUGUUAUAUCUGAGGAAGAUUUUCAGAGUUUAAAAUUCCAACAAGGCCUUCUGGUAGACUUCUUAGCUUUCCCACAAAAAUUUAUAGAUCUUCUUCAGCAAUGUACUCAAGAACAUAACAAAGAAAUUCCAAGGUUUUUGCUGCAGUUAGUUUCUCCAGCACCUAUUUUGGAUAACUCACCUGCCUUUUUAAAUGUGGUAGAGACAAAUCCUUUUAAGCAUCUUACACACCUCUCACUAAAACUUUUACCUGGAAAUGAUGUGGAAAUAAAGAAGUUUUUAGCCAGCUGUUUGAAAAGUAGCAAGGAAGAAAAAUUAUCAUUGAUGCAAUCACUAGAUGAUGUUACUAGGCAACUGAAUUUCACACAAAAGACCUUAUCAGAAAAAGUGCAAGAAUUAGAUAAGUUACAGAAUGAAUGGGCAUCACACACAGCUGCAUUGUCAAAUAAACAUUCCCAGGAACUAACAAAUGAGAAAGAAAAGGCCUUGCAGGCACAGGUACAAUGUCAACAGCAGCAUGAACAACAGAAAAAAGAUUUAGAAAUCCUCCAUCAACGAAACAUCCAGCAGCUACAAAACAAAUUAUCUGAGUUAGAAGCGGCUAAUAAGGACCUAAUGGAAAGAAAAUAUAAAGGAGACUCUACCAUCAGAGAACUGAAAACAAAACUCUCUGGUGUUGAAGAGGAGCUCCAGCGGGCUAAGCAAGAAGUCCUCUCUUUGCGAAGAGAAAAUUCUACCCUAGAUGCUGAAUGCCAUGAAAAAGAAAAGCAUAUUAAUCAGCUACAAACAAAAGUGGCUGUUUUAGAACAGGAAAUCAAGGAUAAGGACCAGCUUGUUUUAAGAACAAAAGAAGCAUUUGAUACAAUCCAGGAACAAAAGGUGGCUUUAGAAGAAAAUGGUGAGAAAAAUCAGGUACAACUAGGAAAACUUGAAGCUACAAUAAAAUCAUUAUCAGCGGAACUUCUUAAGGCAAAUGAAAUUAUCAAGAAGUUGCAGGGGGAUCUGAAAACUUUAAUGGGUAAAUUGAAACUGAAGAAUACAGUAACUAUUCAGCAAGAGAAACUCUUAGCUGAGAAGGAAGAAAAAUUACAAAAGGAACAAAAGGAAUUACAAGAUGUUGGACAGUCUCUCCGAAUUAAAGAGCAAGAGGUAUGCAAAUUACAAGAACAGUUAGAAGCUACAGUCCAAAAACUUGAAGAAAGCAAACAGCUUCUAAAAAAUAAUGAAAAGUUAAUCACAUGGUUAAAUAAAGAACUAAAUGAAAAUCAGCUAGUGAGAAAGCAAGAUGUAUUGGGACCGUCCACCACUCCGCCUGUACAUUCGAGCAGCAACGCAAUCAGAAGUGGGAUUUCUCCUAAUUCUAAUGUGGUUGAUGGUAGACUUACCUACCCAGCCUGUGGGAUUGGUUACCCUGUCUCCUCUGCAUUUGCAUUCCAGAAUACCUUUCCUCAUCCUAUAUCUGCCAAAAAUAGCAUCCAUCCAGUUUCAGGACCAAAGGUUCAGUUUAACUUGCAGUUUACAAAACCAAAUACGUCACUAGGAGAUGUUCAAACAGGAACAACUAUUAGUAUGCCUUGCUCAACUGAUAAGGAAAAUGGUGCAAAUUUAGGGCUGGAAUCCAAAUAUCUGAAGAAAAGGGAAGAUAGCAUUCCUUUACGCGGACUCAGCCAAAAUCUUUUCAGUAAUCCAGACCAUCAGAAAGAUGGCACUUUCGGAGCAGUACAGACAUCUUCAAAGCCCCCUGUGCUCCCUUCUGCACCGUCAGCCUAUUUCCCUGGGCAGUUAGCGAACAGUUGAUGCUAGUGUGACCUUUUACUUUUUAUUGAAAUUUUAGAAAUUCACAGGGUUUAAAAAUAUAUGAACAGCAUAGAUCAAAUUCUAAGCCAAGCAAGUUUCCAAGGUUACUUGAGCUUAACGUAUUAGAUCGU